AUGAUGUUGCCGCUGGCGCUGCCGUUGCUGUCACACGACGCCAACACGAAGCCCAUCCUCCCGCAGCCGCAGGUGAUGACGACCACGAGCGGGGAAACUGCUGGGACUACGAGCGCAAGGAAUGGCACGGAGCGGCUGACGCUACCCAUCCCACACAACCCGAAGAAGAUCUGCAUGAUGCUGCACGCGGUGUUCUGCCGCCUGGGGUGGCUGCCGCUGCUCAUGAGGCCCCUGAGGUCACCGGCCAAUGUAUCAUUGAGCCUUCCGCCUGGCUCACCCCACCCCUUUCCGUCCUGUCUUAACUGCCACCCAUCCCUGCUUUUCCCGCUCCCCAGUAUGAUCCUCACGGUUUACAUUCCGCUCCCAGUGCAUGGCCCCAUGCUCCCUGCAGCAUGCGCGUGGCCAGAGCGAAAAACGCCGCCAAAAGCACCGCUCUGGAAGUAG